AUGGCGGGUGUCACCGGGACUUUUGAGCUCGUUCUGAGAGCUAUCUUCCUCUCUAUUAAUAACGAGCUCGCGAGGGAUACCUGUGAGCUUGGGGCGCCGUUGGAAUUUCGAAUUGGUGGUCCCUUCCAGCGCCUACGGACCCUGAGCCAGGCCCCUGUCGCCCAGAAGACCCUACAGGAUACUCCACGAGUCGAUCCCUAG